CUCAAACCUAGGGCUCCGAUCUUCAUUGUUUGCACUCAUAUCACAAGACCUCCAUUCAUUUCUGAACUCCUACCGAAUCAUGCUGCCCACCCUCGUUACCGUGCUCGCCCUGAGCGGUGCCGCCUUUGCGCACGGCGGUGACCAUGGACAAAAGCCCAUCGUGGACGUGAAUGCCGAUUGGAUGACCAAGCACAUGGCAGAGGAGCAUCACAUCGCCGACUUCGACGCUUCCUCCUUCUUCGCCCUGCACGACUUCGACUCAGACGGCCAGUGGGAAGGCUCCGAGAUCCAGCGCACAUACGGCCUCAUGGACGAAUCAAACAAACACGUCACCGACGAGCGGAAGCAAGAGAUUGUGCGCGAGGUCCUGCGGCUGGCCGAUGCCGACGGAGACGGGGUGAUUCGCCGCGACGAGUUCGAGAACUUCAUCAGCCGCGACAAGGGCACACUCCCAGACUUUGGCACGGGGCCGGGCCACCACGGGGACCUGGAGUUCGAGUACGAGAUUCACCAUUGGGAGAUGUACCAUGAUGAGAACACCAAGUUGGAGGACCUGACGCACCCGGAGGACAUUGAGCACUUUAGGCUGCACGACCAGAUGGAGGACGAGCAGGACAGGCUGGAGGUGAUGACGCACAGGAGGAUAGUGGAGGAGAACAUUCCUGACAAGUUCAGAAGGGCAGGCUGAUGGGGCUCAUAUAAUGCCAAGAUGGAGACGAGAUAAACGACUGGGCACACGAUGGCGGCCAUUUCUUCUGGAGGGAGUGGCAGGGCAGGGCUAUUAUGAUGCAUUUCUCAACCUAGAUUUUGUAAUAUAGACGUCAAAGACGCAGUGCCACACACUAGGCGCAAAGGUCUUGACUAAUUCGACAUGUUCAACCUUCGC